UACUUUUAACAAAUAAAGUGCAGGUGACAGUGUUUAUUUUUUUAAUAAAAUCCAAGUGGUAGUAUCUUUAAUUCCUUUCUAAAUGAAAUUCAAGAGAUAGCAACUGUGUGUUUCCAUUGAAAUUCCUUUCUGUUCUAACCUAAGUGGAUGUAAUAUUUAAUUUAGAAAAGUUUCAAUGGAAUAUAUAACAUUUAACCUCAAAGAUUAAAGAGGAAACAGAAAUAAGAAAGUUUUAUUAAAAUUAAAAAAUUUUAAACUACAAAACUUUGCGCUGAUAGAUACGAAAAGAAAGAAAGCGAUAAGUGGAACACUUGUAAAAUAUGCGUUAUCAGAGAUUAGGUUCCUUUCUGGCGUUGUAAAAGUAACUAUUCAAAGUAUUGCAAAAAUGCUUACUUUGUGAUAAUAGUAAUUACGCCAAGCCGCGAUUUCGCGCAGUCGCUGGAUAUAAAAACACUCGCUCGACACCCAACCGGCGGAGAGUAUAUUGAGAAGCAAUACUGUCAACAUACGACGAAGCAUCGAAGCAUCAAACAUCGCCAUUAGCAAUAUACAUACGAAUAUCACAAUAUUACUAUAAUCGACGCCGCAAACCUGCAUCAAGAGCUAUAACCAAGAAGAAAUCGGAGCAAUUAGGUAAAAUAAUUAUUUCAACGUUUGAAUAGUUUUAUACAUAAUAAUAAAACAUAAUAUAUUAACGGCAUUGUCAAAGAUGAAUCCAGCAAAGCACACUUCUCUUAACGAAGUGCAAAAAGACAAUGUACGAAAUAUAAUAAACUUGUUUGGUGAAGAGCUAAAAAAUAUAUGUGGAAAAUGUAUGGAUGUUGGUUGCGGCCCUGGAGACAUAACAACAAGUAUUCUUUUACCAAGUCUUGAUCCAAAAGCUGUAAUAAUUGGUACAGAUAUUUCUACGGCCAUGGUUAAAUAUGCGCAAAAAACAUACGGUGAUAACGAACGUCUCGAAUUCGAAAUAUUGGAUAUUGAAAUUGAAAGUUUACCUGAAAAAUAUCUUUCUAAGUUUGAUCACAUCUUUUCAUUUCACACCUUGCACUGGUGCAAUGACGCUAGGAGAAUAUUUCAAAAUAUGUAUUGCAUGCUUCAACCUGGUGGAACUAUCCUUGUAUUUUUUGGAGUAUCUCAUGCUACGAUAGACGUCAUUAAGAAAAUGACGCAGGAUAUUCGUUUUGCACCUUACCUGCAAAGGAAAUUUGGAUUUCCAUUUUCCGAUUCAGCCAGACCCUGUGAAGAACUUACAGUCUUACUUGAAAGUAUCGGGUUUAAUAUUAAACAUUGUGAAAUUCAGGCGCAAGAUUUUUCCAACAUAAAUACAAACGCAUUUUUAUCUUCUAUAUUUGCUAUGUUUACCUUUUUGGAUGCGAUGCCACCUAUUGAAAAGAAAGAAUUCAUGGAUGACUUUGUACGUGAAUAUCAUAACAAAGUUAAUCAUGGUAAUGAACAACAUAAUAAAGCAGAAACAAUAGAUUUACAUUAUUAUUUUAUAGUUUAUGCACAAAAAACUAAGUAAUA